UUAUGAAAAGUUCAAAGGAACUCAUCUCAAUUCUCACCUGACAAUGAUGUCAUCAAUACAUUUCUCUUCUCUGCCUCAGUAGAGCAACACAACAGUAGUUGAAGAAAUAAGGAAACAAAAAUGUCCAAUAAUUAUGCACACCAAACCCUAGCACAAAUGGAAGAAGAAGAAGAAGAAGGAGGAGGAGGAGGAGGAGGAGUUGUACAGAGAAGCUCUGAUAACGAUGACAACAGUGACCUAUCACACGAGUGGGCCACCAUGGCUCGAGCUUGGCUCUGUGCCUUCGCCCAAGCCAAAGCUGUGUCCAUGGCCGAAGUCGAGGCAUGGAUUGACUCUAAUCUUGAUUCUAUUCCUGAAGGCAUUAAAUCAAUGCCUCGUCCUGAUCUCUGUCAAAGACUUAUUUCUAUUCAAAAUUGCAUAAGACUCCCCGUUGCUCCCACCCCCAUUCAGGAAAAAGAAGAUAAUCAAGCUGAUAUCCCACACGCUAGAUUUCAACGAACUGAUCAGUGGAGACCAGUUUAUUCGUGGCUGGAAUCUUUAGACAAAGAUGAGGUGGUUAAAUCUAAAGAUAUUAUUGACUGGCUUACUGAGAACCCAGAAGUCCAGGAACAGUUAUGCUCUAGACAUUCUAGGUACCAUUUGAUGCAUUACAUAAAAAAGUGCCAUAUGAAGAUCCUCAAGAGGAAGGAUAAGAGGAAGGGGAGUCAGCAGACUGAUAAACCAGCAUCUCAAAAGGGGUUGCAGCAGUCUGAGAAACCAGUGUCUCUAAAGGUUAACAAAGAUGUGGUGAUGAAACAACCAACCCGUCCAGUCGUGCAUCUAAGCAACAAUGCAAUUGAUCUACCGAAAGAUAGUGAUGCAUAUUUGGCCAAGCAAAAGGAAGCAUUGCAGAAAUAUGAGAUUUUAGUGGAGUUGGAGAAGUUACUUUCCCAAUCUUUGAAGCAUCAAGAACUAAUCAAAUGAAGAAUUUUGAGUAUCAGCAUGUAAAGGUUUCCAAGAUCCAGUUGUUUGAUAAUCAUACUUUGAACCUAGAAAAACUGGUCCCAAAGUUUGUAUGUUUAGCCUCUCUGUAGAUUUAAAAAGCAUUCUAAGGCUGAAAACUGAAUGCCAUAUCGAGUUGUCCCCAAUUUUCCCUCCUCCUUGACUGAAAUUGCCAGAUUUGCUAACUAAUGAUAAUCAGGAAGAAAAGAAAUGUAGUACUUAUUAGAUUAUUUUAAUACAUUUAGUUUAACUUAUUAUUUUGGUUUUCAUUGACUAAA